AUGUCUAUCGUAAGUAAAAUACGUUAUUUUCCUGCCCUUAGUAGAUAUCACCGCCUGGAAAAUACAAUUAUUAAUCGAAGGUUUAGUGAUGAAACUCGACGUAAAUACGAUAUUGUAGUCAUUGGUGGUGGAAUAGUAGGUUCCGCAUCUGCAAGAGAAUUAUUAUUACGACAUCCUACUUUACAAAUAGCUUUAGUAGAAAAAGAAAAAACUUUUGCAUUUCAUCAAAGUGGUAAUAACAGUGGUGUGAUUCAUGCUGGAAUUUAUUACAAGCCAGGUUCAUUAAAAGCUAAAUUAUGUGUAGAAGGUUUAAAUCUAGCUUAUAAAUAUUUAGAUGAGAAAGGGAUUAAAUAUUCCAAAUGUGGUAAACUAAUAGUAGCAACAAGUAGACUGGAAGUUCCAAGACUUUUAGAUUUAUAUGAACGUGGACUUAAAAAUGGAGUUAAAGACAUCAGGUUGUUAGACUCAAAAGAGCUUAAAGAACUUGAACCACAUUGUAAUGGUCUGCAAGCUUUAUGGUCUCCACAUACAGGUAUUGUUGACUGGGGAGAAGUAACAAAUUCUUAUGUACAUGAUUUUGAAAAAUGUGGUGGAAAAACAUACUUAAAUUUUGAAGUAAAUAGGUUUAUAGAAUCUGAAGAUUCUGAUUAUCCUGUAACAAUAACCGACUCUAAAGAAAACACAAUACAAGCUAAGUAUGUGCUGACAUGUUGUGGCUUACAAUCAGAUACUGUUGCAAUUCUUACUGGUUGUCCAGAAGAACCAAAAAUUAUACCAUUCAGAGGUGAAUAUUUAUAUUUAGUUCCACAAAAGAGCUAUCUAACUAAGACAAAUAUAUAUCCUGUCCCAGAUCCAAGAUUUCCAUUCUUGGGUGUACAUCUGACACCAAGAAUAGACGGGAGAGUUAUUGUAGGUCCAAAUGCUAUUUUAGCAUUUUGUAAGGAAGGAUACAGGUGGGGUGAUGUAAAUAUAAAAGAACUAAAAGAUAUAGUAACAUUUUCUGGAUUUCGUAAGAUGGCAUUAAAAUAUGCAGGUUUUGGAUUAAAAGAGAUGACUAGAUCACUUCUGGUGCCAUUACAAGUGAUGCAAAUUCAAAAGUAUAUUCAGGAUAUAACCUCAAGUGAUGUAGAAAGGGGCCCAGCUGGAGUAAGAGCCCAGGCCAUGGGAAAAGAUGGUACAUUGAUAGAAGACUUUGUAUUUGACUCAAAGCCCGGCUCUGGAGCUAUUGGCAGCAGAGUGCUGCAUUGUAGGAAUGCACCAUCACCUGGAGCUACAUCAUCAUUAGCUAUUGCUAAAAUGAUAGCUGAUAAGAUAAAAGACGAGUUUCAUCUA